GCCCACUCGUGAUUGCUUUUUAUUAUGCUGGUGAGGAUUUCCUUCAAUGUAUAGUCUUUGUAAUAAAUACAAAAUGAAUAGAGUAGUAUUGUAGUGCAGAUAUAGAAAAAUCUUAAAUUAAAACUAAUACAGACAGAUUGUUGUCUAACCAACUCCAACCUCUCUCUUCACCCCUUUUAUAGAAAACAUAUCCCCAAACCCUUCCAAAUCUCUCUCUCUCUCUCUCAUGGCGGUCCUCACUCCCACACCCAAAAAGCACGCUUCUUGCGACUCCAAGCUGAAAAAGAGGCAGCCGCCGCAAUCCAAACAGCCUUCUUCUUCUUCAUGGGAUCAAAUCAAAAACCUCGUAACUUGCAAAGCAAUGGAGAUUUCGAAGAUCCAUCACCCCUGCGCCAAGAUUUGCAACUUGAGGGACGUCAUCCAUGGCAACACCAGAAUCAUAGACCGAGCCGAUAAAUCGCCGGAGAUGGUGAAGAGAAUCGGCUGCGGACCACCUCACGGCGGCGCCAUGCAGCUGAGGAAGCUGUCGGGUUGCUACGAGUGCCACGCCGUCAGCACGAAUCCCAUGCCCAGAAGCAACGUCUUCCCAUGCUCUCAAUGUGGAGAGAUUUUCCCAAAAAUUGAGAGCUUGGACCUUCAUCAAGCACUUAGGCAUGCAGUUUCUGAGCUGGGCCCAGACAACUCAAGCCGCAACAUAGUGGAAAUAAUUUUCAAAUCAAGCUGGCUGAAAACGGAAAAUCCAAUCUGCGAGAUCGAACGGGUAUUAAAGGUCCACAACACCCAACGCACCAUCCAACGGUUCGAGGGUUACCGCGACGCCGUGAAGCUACGCGCCAAGCGGAGCGCCAGGUGCGCCGCCGACGGGAACGAGCUGCUGAGGUUCCACGCCGCCGCCAUCACGUGCGCCCUCGGCGCGCGCGGCUCGUCCAGCUUGUGCGGCUCCGCGCCGGCUUGCGGCAUCUGCGCGAUCAUCCGGCACGGGUUCAGAUGCUGCAGGACGAGCGGCGUCUGCACCACCGCCAGCAGCGGUCGCGCCGACGACCGCCUGGUCGGCUCGGCACCCCGCAGGGCGAUGCUGGUGUGCCGCGUGAUUGCGGGGAGGGUGAAGCCGCGCGUGGCGGAAGACCUGGCGGCUAAUGGGGAGGGGAGCGCGGCUGGCUCAUAUGAUUCUUUAGCCGGCUGCGAUGGUGCUUACUCGAAUAUGGAGGAAUUGUAUGUGUUUAGUUCAAGGGCAAUCUUACCUUGUUUUGUGGUAAUUUACAAAGCGCUUGAAUAAUAAUACCAUCACUUUUCUCAAAAAAUAAAAAAUAAAAAAAAUUACCAUGACU